GAAGCCAAUGAGGAGAGCGGUGCUCCGUGUGCGUUUAUGGCGCGCGCCGGAAGUGGUUCUGUGCACGCCGGUGAGGAAAAGCGGCUGGGAAGGAGCAGGUGCUGGUAGCUGAGUUGUAACGGCGAGUCGGUGGAGGCCUGGUGACUGACCUCUUUUGGUGUCUGUGGGCGUAAUAUCAACAAUUUGUGCUGCUGCAAUGGGUGAACCUCAGCAAGUAAGCGCCCUCCCUCCACCUCCAAUGCAAUAUAUUAAAGAAUAUACUGAUGAAAAUAUUCGGAAAGGCAUAGCUCCUAAGCCUCCACCACCUAUUAAAGAUAGCUAUAUGAUGUUUGGAAACCAGUUCCAAUGCGAUGAUCUAAUUAUUCGACCAUUAGAAAGCCAGGGUAUUGAACGAUUGCAUCCCAUGCAGUUUGACCAUAAAAAGGAGUUAAGGAAACUCAACAUGUCUAUCCUGGUCAACUUCUUAGAUCUCUUGGAUAUAUUAAUAAGAAGCCCAGGCAGCAUAAAAAGGGAGGAGAAACUGGAAGAUUUAAAACUGCUAUUUGUUCAUGUGCAUCACCUUAUAAAUGAGUAUCGACCUCACCAAGCCAGAGAAACAUUGAGAGUCAUGAUGGAAGUCCAGAAACGUCAGCGUCUAGAAACUGCAGAGAGAUUUCAGAAACAUUUAGAACGAGUUGUGGAAAUGAUCCAGAAUUGCUUGGCUUCUCUGCCAGAAGAUUUACCUCACUCAGAAGGAGGGAUGAGGAUAAAAACGGAACCAAUGGACACUGAAGACAGCAUAAACUGUAUUGGAUCAAAUGAACGGCAGAGAGCAAACUCCAGCGUAAAAAAAGAUCAGGUUUUGGAUAAAGAUGCUAACAUGUGUAGCAUUAUUGAUGAAAUGACAUGAAAAGUGUUUUGGGAUAUACCUUUUGUGAUUUUCAGGGAACAUGCAACUGAUGCUAAGGAAUUAAGAGUAUGAGAUUUCUUCUGUGCUUCGUUUUGCUGUGAACACUUAAACAGUCAUGGAACACAAUCUGCAUGAAUCAAUAAAUAUUGAUAAUUUAUUUGUAUAGCUUUUCCAUGUAUAUUUAUAUUAUCUAUGUUUGACUUUAAAGAACAGUAAAUGUUAUUGAUAGCUUUACCUGUUAUGUCACCUAUGCAAUUCAUCAGCAUCCUAAUUCUGCUGAUGCUCAUUUAUUGAAGUAUGGGAAGUACUUUAAGGAAUUUAAAUAUAUUUGGUGGUUCCUUGUUUAAGUUAAAUUAAAAGACAUAUGUUAUACCACAACAGCAUUGUUAUGUAUACAGAGUAAAGUAAAAAAAGCAUCAAAUAU